CGGCGCAAGAGGCGGGCCGCGCCGCCGCCGCCUCUGCUUCCGCCGCCGCCGCCGCCGCCGCCGCCGCCGCCGCCGCGCGUUGGGCGGGGAGGAGCCGGAGGCGGAGAAGGAGGCGGUGGUGGCGGCUGGGUCCCGCGCUGGACGUCCCGAAGCCCCUGGACAUUCCGAAUUCUCUUACAACUUCUUCAGCGCAUCAGUGGGACUAAAUCAGAUCCAUAAUUUCACUGACGGGGCAUCUGAAAGCUGCCAUAUAUGUCACAGUACACAGAGAAAGAGCAAGCAGCAAUGGAUCAAGAAUUCAGCAAAGCUGCCUGGCCCAAACCAGCAGGAGGCUAUCAAACAAUUACAGGCAGGAGAUAUGGAAGAAGACAUGCAUAUGUCAGCUUUAAGCCGUGUAUGACUAGGCAUGAAAGGAGUUUGGGUCGGGCUGGUGAUGACUAUGAAGUGUUGGAACUUGAUGAUGUUCCAAAGGAAGGUUCCUCAGGUUGCAGUCCAGUGGAUCAAGAUCAUCAUUCUUUACCCAGUGACACUUUAUCAGAGAAAAAUGGAACGAAAAUUCCAGUUUGUGAUUCAGCAUUGAGUCAGUUCAGGGAGAGCAGUCCUCCCUUUGCAGCCAUGCUCUGUAGUGAGGAAGGCAGGGAGUCCUUAGGAAGAAAUAUGAAUCUCCAUCAUCACUCUGAGGGAGCGUAUUCCCUAGGAGGUUGUCAUGCCUCAGGUGAUGAAAAUGGAGUUCCAUUGGUUCAUACUGAUUCUUAUGUUCCAGAGAGCAGACAUGGAGAGGAUACUGACCAUCUUCAGCUUUCCACAGAAGUGGUGGAAGGUGAGAGAUGUCAGGAAGCAUCAGGUAAUACGGUGUUUGGGUUGGAAAAUGGAAAAGUGGAAGGAUACGCUGGUCUGUCACUACCAGUUCCUUUUUUUAACUGUGAAAUCAGAGAUGAGCUUGAAGAAUUAGAUUCAGCACCUAUAGUGAAAAGUUCUACUAAAGGUCCUGAGUUAGUCCAUCAGAGCAGUCAGGAAUUUCAGAUGUCCUAUUCUGGAGAUGAGAUUGUUGAAAAGAAACAGCAGAAUCAUAUUAGCCAGGAGAGACAGAGAGAACAUUUAUCGGAAGAUUUAGCCUGUGUGCUGGUUCAUAGUAAAAGUGAACAAAAUUCCAGAGAUAGGGCCAGGAACCAGGGCCGUUCUCCGGAACAGGUGGUGAGGCCCAAGGUUAGAAAAGUGGUAAGUUCAAGCCAGGUGGAUCAAGAAUCAGGUUUCAAUAGGCAUGAAGCCAAUCAGAGAAGUGUUCAGAAGUGGAGGGAGGCUUUGGAAGUGGAGGAGAACACUUCGGAUGACCUCCUGAUUAAGUGUGAUGACUACGAUGGAGACCAUGAGUGUAUGUUCUUGGACCCACCCUAUGCAAGGGCGACAUCCCGGGAAACAGACAGUGGAGCCACAGCAGGAAGGCCAGAUGCCGCGGAUAGUGCCUUUUGGAAUGGCUGUGGAGAUUACUACCAGCUCUAUGACAAAGAUGAAGACAGUUCAGAAUGUAGUGAUGGCGAGUGGUCUACUUCUUUGCCUCAUAGAUUUUCUGGUACAGAAAAAGAUCAGUCCUCAAGUGAUGAGAGCUGGGAGACUCUGCCUGGAAAGGAUGAGAAUGAACCUGAGUUACAGAGUGAGAGCAGUGGUCCUGAGGAGGAAAACCAGGGGUUAUCGCUUCAGGAGGGGGAACAGACAUCCUUGGAGGAGGGGGAGAUCCCCUGGCUGCAGUACAGUGAAGUGAACGAGAGCAGCAGUGACGAGGGGAACGAGCCUGCCAGUGAGUUUGCACAGCCAGAAGCCUUCAUGCUGGACGGGAACAACAACCUUGAGGACGACUCCAGUGUGAGUGAAGACCUGGACGUGGACUGGAGCCUCUUUGAUGGCUUUGCGGAUGGACUGGGAGUUGCUGAAGCAAUUUCCUAUGUGGAUCCUCAGUUCCUGACAUACAUGGCCCUGGAAGAACGCUUGGCCCAGGCUAUGGAGACCGCCCUGGCACACCUGGAGUCUCUCGCAGUGGACGUGGAGGUAGCCAACCCGCCAGCCAGCAAGGAGAGCAUCGAUGGGCUUCCCGAGACCCUGGUUCUUGAGGAUCACACCGCGAUUGGCCAGGAGCAGUGCUGCCCGAUCUGCUGCAGUGAAUACAUCAAGGACGACAUAGCCACGGAGCUGCCCUGUCACCACUUCUUCCACAAACCCUGCGUCUCCAUUUGGCUCCAGAAGUCAGGAACGUGCCCCGUGUGCCGCCGCCACUUCCCGCCCGUCGUCGUGGAAGCCCCUGCAGCUUCGCCAGCAGAGCCUGAGCGCGACGCCCCACCGUCCACCUCCUAAAGCAACACCGAGGGAGUCCCGACGCAGUGCAUCAGCAGAUCCGACCGACCGACAUGCAGAUGAUUAUAUAGAAAUAUAUUGGAAUGCUCUGUGUAGUCUGUGCAGUGGUUUAGAAAGGGAAUUGCCUUCUAAACUAAGCUUAGGUUGCAGGAAGUGCUAAACAUUUUCCAGCUGAAUGUUGAAUCCUUAGUUGACUGUGUUCACAUUUUAACUGUAAAGUCAUGCUUAUCUGUGAAUUCUUCCAGAAGAAAUAAUCAUCUAUGUGGCAUAUAAUAUUGUUUUUGUCUGAGCAUUGCCACUAAGUGAUUAUGAUUAAGUUCUCCUAUUUGCAUCAAAUGUGAAGACUGUGAUCACAGCAGUGGUAAAAUUUGGUUUCAUUGGAAAUAAAAAGAUUUCUAAAACAUG